ACGGCGGCCAUGGACGUCCUCAGGGCCGAGAUCGUGAGGAAACGGCAGCUCCUGCUCGACAAGAACCUGCUCCCGGAAAGUAAAAAAUAUUUCAAACGCAGUGAGUUAGCCAGAAAGGAAGAGGAGGCAUAUUUUGAAAGAUGCGGCUACAAGCCUGUAAAUGAGAAGCCAACUGAAGAGGUGCUGCCAAAAGAAGAAGAACAAAAGCCAUUAACAUCAUCCAAUCCAGUAUUAGAACUCGAACUGGCAGAAGAAAAAUUACCCAUGACUCUUUCUAGACAGGAGGUGAUUAGAAGGUUGAGAGAAAGAGGAGAACCUGUCAGAUUGUUCGGAGAAACCGAUUACGAUGCAUUUCAGCGCUUGAGGAAGAUAGAAAUUCUGACACCGGAGGUUAACAAGGGUUUGAGGAAUGAUUUAAAGGCAGCUUUGGAUAAGAUUGACCAACAGUACCUCAAUGAAAUUGUGGGUGGUCAGGAGCCAGGGGAGGAAGACUCACAGAAUGACUUGAAAGUCCAUGAGGAAAACACCACCAUUGAAGAGUUAGAGGCACUAGGAGAGUCUUUAGGAAAAGGUGAUGAUCAUAAAGACAUGGACAUCAUAACAAAAUUCCUCAAGUUUCUUCUCGGAGUUUGGGCCAAGGAUUUGAAUGCCAGAGAAGAUUAUGUAAAACGGAGUGUGCAGGGCAAACUAAACAGUGCCACCCAAAAGCAGACUGAAUCUUAUCUGAGACCACUCUUCAGAAAACUACGGAAAAGGACUCUUCCUGCAGACAUCAAAGAAUCAAUAACAGACAUCAUUAAAUUCAUGUUACAAAGGGAAUAUGUGAAGGCUAACGAUGCCUAUCUUCAGAUGGCCAUUGGAAAUGCUCCCUGGCCCAUAGGGGUCACCAUGGUUGGUAUCCAUGCUAGAACUGGCCGGGAAAAGAUUUUUUCCAAGCACGUCGCCCAUGUUCUCAAUGAUGAGACGCAACGGAAAUAUAUUCAGGGGUUGAAGAGGUUAAUGACCAUUUGCCAGAAACACUUUUCAACUGACCCAUCAAAAUGUGUGGAAUACAAUGCACUAUGAGCUCUCUUUAUGUACAUUCAGAAUGUAAAUAACUGUUCUCCAAAACCAGACACAUGGGCCAUGGACUACUUGGAAUCCUGACCAGGAACAAGAGGGGGCAUCAGAAAGUUGGGGUUUUUUUCUGGCCUCCAAUUUCUAUACUUCAUUACAUUUGUUUUCAGAACUGAAUAGGUUUUUUUCUUCAAUCAGAUCCUAUAAUGAACAGUAGUUUGGGGCCUUGUUUUCAUUUUAAAUAGUCAUGAAAUCAGGAACUAAAGAUUAUUUACCUACACUGUAGAUGGCUUGCAACAGUCACUUAAGGGUUUUCAUUGGACUCAUUCCCGUUGAUGUGGAAGUUGUGAGUAGAUGAUUAGAAGGAAGCAUUUGAGGUUGGAUUGUAAUUAUUUCUGUAAAAAUAUAACCUUCAUGUUGUCUUUAAUGUGGCAUCAUAGGAAAGAUGUCAAUUGAAAAUACAGACUGUAUUGGGUGAAACUGUGUUUGAAA